AUGACGACGGUGGGUAAGUUUCGCGAGAGCGCCAGAUCACCGGGAUCGCCCAACGCGGAACGAGGGGGGUAUUGGAGGGCAGAGCCGCUCGGACAGGAACACAGCUUUGCCUUGAACGCAGCUCCGCGAUCGCGCUUCGAGCCGGAUCACCUGUCGUCUUCUCCGGAGCAGGCGAAUUGGGUACAUGCCCAUCAUCUGUCAGCAGCUCCCAAGAAGGUGUUUGCGCGGCUGUGUAAGAAAAACCCUUACAUUGGCUUCUUCCACUAUGCGCCCAGCGCCGGCAAUCGCUCACGAAGCACCUAUUUCGAGCAGGACAUCGUGUCCAUGGAGGUCAUCCACGGCCAGCACGCCGUCCGCAGCAACCCUAUGAUCGGGAACUUACACUACGGACACGACCUCUACGGGGAGAGGUUCGAGGACUUUCAGCGCAUCCUCGCGCAGCUCAAGGCCAAAGACGUGGAGAGACAAGUGCAGGCUGUCUUGGACCGACACCCUCGCCCUUUCGGAGGAGGCGACCUUAGCCCCGGGAAUGCGUCGGCCAUCAUGUCCCGCCGAAGCCGCGGCCGUUCCCGCAGCAUCACGGAGUCGGACGUGGCGAACAACGGAAAGAGGGCCGUGCGGUCGAGCAGCGCGGGCAAGGCGGCCAUCAUGCGAGUCGCCGCAGCGGAAGAAGCGGCGAUGGCGGCGGCGGCGGCGGCGGCGGCGGUGUCGGCAGCAGCGGCGGCAACGACCCCUUCCGCGUCGGACGAUGGUGCGUGGGAGGUCGGCGGUAGCGACGAGGACGACGAUGAGGGGAUCAACUGGCACAGAACGACGAGCAACGCUGCGAUGGAGGCUCUGGAAGGGGACAGGGGUAGGGGGCUCAGUGACGCUAUACGGGAAGAGGUGCAGCGGUCGUUCGACGUGGGCGGGCAGGGUGCGGCGGCGGCGGCGGCGGCGGCGGAGGAGGAGGAGGAGGAGGAGGAGGAGCGGCGGGGGGAGGAGCGCGACGGGAGCUUCGAGGAGGAGGACAGGAGGAGGCUGAGAGAGAAGGCCUUCGCUAUUGUGGUGUACGCGAGUGGGGACAGUCUGGUGAAGCUGGUCGAGAAGGAGAGAAGAAACGGCAUGUCCUCCAAGCGCUUCAAGUAUGCAGGGGCUAUCGACGCCUCUAAGUGUUACCCCAAGUCCGGUUCCCUGGACGACUGUGCUCUGCUCAGACCCUUUGUCGCGGAGCGAUCCCGGCUGUACAACGACCUCAUCGCGGAAGUGAACGGCUUCCGGCGUCAUUUCUUCCUGCGGCAGAAGAUGCACCCCAAGGAGGCCUACCGCCAGCACAGGCGAAAACAGGAGGCCGAUUCCAACAGGGGCGCGAACCAGGAGCUAGACCAAUACCCGGACGAUGCGAGCUCUAUCGCGUGGAGCAAGCAAGACUCCUUUUCGGAGUACGAGCCCUGGAUAGGCGGCACCAGCUACGGCUCCAUGCCCGGGGAGCACGUGCUCGGGCCCCCCGGGGGAGGGGUGCUUGCGGGGAACGGGAACGGACACGGGAUGGGGGGAGGGGGGCACAUCAGCAGCCACAGCGGCGGGGGGGGAAUGGGUGGCGACGCCGGCGGUGGAGGCGUGUUUCUGGAGCCAGCGUGGUCGGGGGGGCGCAUGGGGGGGGGUGUCGACGACGGAGCCCUCCCAUUCCACGGGGCCCCUCCCUUCCACACCCUCGUCGGCCCCGGCCAGUUCGCUAGGGUUAGCCGCGAGAGAUCGGGCGAGGAUAACCAGCCAGCUCAGCCAGGAGACGCGUGGAUGCCCGGGACGGUUUCAGCACAGCGCACGAAAGAGAGCUGGCGUAGCAAGCAGGAGAUGCGGGACUGUCGAGAGUUCAAGCCCUUCUUCGUGCAGGCGAAGACCGACUUCACGGCCACCUACCGCCUGCUGGACGACUGCCGCCUUGGGGAGGGGGCCUACGCGAGCGUCUUCCUCGCGGAACACUUGAAAAGGGGGGAGGACGUAGCCGUCAAGGCCGUGCAGAAGAGGCUGCUGUUCAGCGACGCGGAGAAGAAGAGCGUCGGGGCGGAGAUCGACAACCAGCUCAGGAUAGUGCACAAGCACGUCGUGCGCUUGUACGAGGUGUACGAGACGCCGGACAAGGUCUUCAUCGUCCUUGAGAACUGCCCCUGCGGCGACCUGGAGAAGAUGCUCUACCUCCGCGGACGGCUGACGGAGAUCGAGGCGAAGCGGGUUGUCAUGCAGCUUCUGGAAGGGGUCAGCUACCUGCACUCCAAGGGAAUCGUCCACUGCGACAUUAAGCCGCAGAACCUCCUGUUCGCACCAGACCCUGACAACCCUGACGCGCCGACCCUAAAGGCGGCGGGAUCAUCAAAAUCCUCGGUGGCGGAGUCGGAGAAGAGUACAGGCCCAGAGAAGCGAGGGAAGCAGCAGGUCUCGUCGCCGGCAGGCCGCCUGGCCAAGCUCUGCGACUUCGGCAUAUCGUGCAAGGUGCCGGACGUUCGGUUCUACAAGCAGACGGGUGACAUCAACAAGAUCCCAUGGUCAGGGCUGUUCGGUACUGGGGGUUACAUCGCCCCGGAGAUCAUGAGCCAGCAGCCUUUCGGGAAACCUGCCGACUUGUGGAGCGUCGGGGUGAUGCUGUACCAGAUGAUAUCGGGAAGACUCCCCUUCAUUCCGGCGAGGAAGUGCGUCACCAAGCCCGUCUCCUUCCCCGCGGCUGUCUGGGCGGACGUGAAUGUGGGAGUGAAAAGCCUCAUCGAAGGUCUCUUGGAGAAGGAGCCAUCACAAAGGCUAACCGCCGCCCAGGCCCUGCAGCACCCGUGGGUCCAGACGAUACACCACUUGCGACCGUCGUUCCCGCACUUCGUACCCAAGCCGGGAUCCAUGAGCCGCAGCGGCAGCACGGGGAGCAGCAGCAGCGCCAACCCGGGCCACGGCCACAGCAGCCCCACGGGGAGCGGGGGCGGAAAGGGCGGUGGCGGUUCGACCGCCGCGUGACUGCGGGAAAAGCAAGCGUCAUCUUUCCGUCUAGCUCCGCUCGGUGGACGUGCGGACGAUACACAGGAAAUACUGUUGUAGCCGCCGUAGUGCUUGACGAGAGAGCGAGGUAUCCCCACCGCCCCUGCUCCGCUGCAGGAGGAGCUGCGGAUGGUGCUCCUCAAGAAAGGGGUGGGAGGAGAUACGGAUGGUGCUGCUGUCUUGCAAGGGGUGCGAGCUGGAUGGUCGAAAGAAUACGACUUGACACAACAGGGCCCGUCCCCUACGAAGAAGCGUGUGUGCUGCUUUUGUUUGCCGUGGGUGCUUCGGGCGGUGGCUUCGCGGAACGAACGGCCAAGAAGAUAGAUAGACUGGCCGUGGUGAGGUGUGAGCACCGCGCGCUCGCUCGCUUGCUUGUGUGCUGACUGCUGAAGAGGCGCGAUACGAGCUGCGCUUGUGUGAAAAGAGGGAAUCGUCCUGGACAGAUGGGGGAGUGUUUACCCGUUGUAUGGGGAUCUCCAGGAAUUUGAUUUAUGAUUUGCCAGAGGCUUCUUUCGUUUGUAUGUCGUUCAGAGAGAAAAGAGAGAUGCUUUUGUGCAGAGGAGCCAUCGCUUGCAGGAGGCCGGGAAUGUCGUGGGAUCGCCCGGUUGAGUACUAUUGAGGGACAUUUGGCAACGGCAACAGCAACGGUUUCUCUCGUGAUUUUCCGCCAUUGCCAGCUUGGCAUCAAGGGCCUCUGUGUGGCGCAGAUCGCCUGCAUGUACAUGGCUGGUUCGCGUGUGUUGUAUUACAGGGCAGUUGGGUUCAGGUUUUGCCCACCGACGUGAGAAGAACCGUCCCUUGAACGGGUAGAGAAGGUGCGAGAAAAAUACUGCAUGCAAUGAUGAUUGUACCAAAAAUAACUUGUGAGAUAAAAGAGUGACACAGAGUGCUUUAGGAUAUGAAAGCAGCAUGGUAGUAGAUAGACCUUUAGAUGUGCUGCGGUUUCUGUAAAUCAGCAGUAGGUACGUGUUUGUUUUUCUUGAAAGCAGCAGCGAGGACAGGGACUCCCAAACUGGACUAUCUGCGUGCGGUAUCUCGGGUGUUCUAAGAAAAACAAGGUGUUGCUGGUAUGGUGGCUCUGAGGUAAAGAGGUCUCCAGCAGCGCGAACAUCGGUAGCUGAGGGUAACGGCCUGCGCUUGGUUGAUCACUUGCAACAGGGAGGACGUUAAGCACGUUGUUUUUCUUUCUCUCGGGGGCACGGCGGCGCCUUAUUGACUUGUUGUCCUGCUUGGUAGUUUUGCGGUGGUUCGGCUGGUCUUGUCGGGUAUUGUAUGGAUCGUACGUUUUAUAUUUGUUCCUUGACUUGCCCCCCCUCUUUUGUUUCCUGCCCUGUUGUACCUUGCUUUGGCUGUGUAGUAGUCGUGGUGCCUGUUUGGGAUGCAUUUAUGAGGCCGGUCGCCCCGCACGAGGCCGGUGAAAUCGCAUGAAACAGAUGGAAAUCAAGUCGUCCGGCUCUGAUGAGCGCCGGGUUUCCGGUUUACGUCUGGCCAAAUCGCUAGGCACUGAAUGUUUUGCUCUCUUGUGCAGGGGCGAAGCUGUACUUGAUUGAUGAUUUCGUUUAUCACGACUUUUUGUCGAGACUUUGUUUGUCGUGUCUUUCUUUGUUGCCGUCCAUUGCUCCUGUGUUAACCCUCGACACCCGUGUCUUUCCCCUUGUUGAGUGCGGAGAUUCUGAAUAUAAGCGGUUUUGUUGAAACUAAAGAAGAAAAAAGACACACACAACGACUGCGUGUCGACCCAAACCAUUUUUGUUGUUUUGUGACAAUAAAUAGCGUGUAUCAGUGUCAAUAUUCGUCCUGGAUGUUCUGGACGUCUACAGUAGGAGGUGGACUUGACCUGUUCAUUGCGUGCGCAAUUCAAGGGAAGCAGCAGCCGUUUGGUUUUGUUUAAGCUAGUUGAUUGAGCCGACAUAUAGCAUGGUUGGUUUUUGGCGAUUGGUUGUCCGGAAAGCGUGAACACGCUUCGUAGCCUUCAACGCUGACUGCGGCCUCUGGAGGUUCUGUAGCUAUUGAGAAGAGAUUUUCGCGGAUUCGUGCAUAAACAAUGAGCAACAGCGGGGCUGGUUCGCACGCUGCUGCUGUUGAUGACAUCUAUAGCAGCAGUGUGUUUCGAGGUCGUACCUGUCCAAUGUUGAGUUUUCGAUUCAUUUUCAUUCAUUCGUCGUCUAGCGAGUAAAUGGCUCGCCAACCUAGGACGAUUAUUGUAAAUUUAUGGAGAACAACUACAAUCGGUGAUGGUUCUGUAUUUGAGAUGCGGCGGUGUGAGAAUGAUUUGGCCGAGAGCCUCCGGUCACUCACGUCUUCGACGGUAAAAACCGCAAGUACACAACAGAGCUGUGAGGCUUGCUUUUUAUUCGUACGACGAAAACACAGCAAGACUUUGCGGUUUGGUCUCUACGUAGAACGUCAUAAUGCCGAGGUUACUCCGCGCCGCGCUUGGGCUCCUACCGGCAGAGCUGUUUUCUUUAUUCCCCUGCAGAAAGGCCGUAGAUCGACCUACAGCCACAGCACCACGAGUUAUUUAGUGGGUGUUCUUUGGAAACCUAGCGCGGACCGCCUGGUGGAUGCAUGGAGAUGGUAGGAGACGGGAUGAUAGUGAUAGCUGUUUGGGGGGGAGGGGAUCGGCAACAACAACGAGAGGUAAAAAACAACGGGAAUCAAGAUUGAACGGGGGUUCAGUGAAUCUCUUGUUGCAAUCAGUGAAGAUUAAAUAGGAAAUGGGUGGGACUCGAAA